UCGUCCAUACGUGACCUUGAAUGUAGGUAGUUAAGCCAUAACAUAUGGAAUAGUUCCUAUUUUGUCUAGGUUUGGCAUAUGUAUGAUAUGGUAAUCGCAAUUUUCAGCAGCCAAAUGUUUUUCAGCCUGUUUACUUAUUCGUAGAAACAUCUAUUUCCCUAUGUACAAUCGAUAUUAUUUAAAACCUGCCAUAAUGAUUCAAACGAGAGUUGGUUGUGUUUUUUUUUCAUCAAUGACCAAAAGCGUCACACCGUAUUGCUGACGCAACCUUGAAAGUGCGAUUAUUUUCAUACACAACCAAUAAACGUUGGGGGUAAGAUUGAAAAGAGGGGUGGUGCCUUCGGCACUGUAAUGUGAUUGGAUACGAUGUUUACCCGAAGCAGGUAGUAAACACCUCCAAUGCCAACUGUCAAAACGUUGGUCAAACAGACACAGGGUUACUACAGAGAGGGGAUCGUAAGUCACUUAGCUCGGACAGUUCAUGGAGGUCGUGUAGCUACUCUAUUCAUACCUCAGUGAUUCUAACGGCCGCAACAAGGAAAUAUUAGCUAGCAUGUUAAUAGCACAUUAGCCUAGCUACGAGACGAAGACUGUUGCCAACUAGCGCAGCUGUGUUUCAUCAAACUGUGUAAGUGGCAAACGAAUCGGCAUCAAAAAGUAUUAAUUAACCGAUAUUUGACACUCUUAAUCGCAAAUUUGUACUGAAGAGUGGUGAUGGACUUUCUCGCUGGCUGCAUUGGCGGUGCUGCCGGAGUCUUAGUAGGGCACCCUUUUGACACAGUUAAGGUGAGACUCCAGGUUCAGAAUGUGGACAAGCCUCUCUACCGCGGGACCUACCACUGUUUCCAGUCCAUCGUUCGGCAGGAGUCGAUGUUUGGGCUGUACAAAGGCAUCGGCUCCCCCAUGAUGGGCCUAACCUUCAUCAAUGCCAUAGUGUUUGGAGUGCAGGGAAACGCUAUGCGUUACCUGGGCCACGACACCCCUAUGAACCAGUUCCUGGCCGGGGCCGCAGCCGGAACCAUCCAGUGUGUCAUCUGCUGCCCCAUGGAGCUGGCCAAGACACGCAUGCAGAUGCAAGGCACUGGGGAGAAGAAGUCCAAGAGGAAGCUGUACAAGAACUCCCUGGACUGUCUGGCCCGUAUCUACAAGCGGGAGGGGCUGUCGGGGGUGAACCGUGGCAUGGUUACCACGCUGAUCCGAGAAACCCCCGGUUUUGGGGUCUACUUCCUGGCCUAUGACUUCCUGACUCGCUCAAUUGGCUGUGAACCUGACGACCCCCACAUGAUCCCCAAACUGCUAUUCGCCGGUGGGAUGUCCGGGAUUGCCUCUUGGCUCUCCACCUAUCCAGUGGAUGUGAUUAAGUCCCGCCUCCAGGCGGAUGGGGUGGGUGGGGUCUACCAGUACACCAGCAUCGCUGACUGCGUGCGGCAGAGCGUGAGGAGGGAGGGGCUCAGGGUGUUCACGCGAGGUCUUACCUCCACCCUGCUCAGGGCGUUUCCCGUCAAUGCUGCCACCUUCGCCACCGUCACGCUGGUGCUGCUGUACGCACGGGGAGUGGAAGAGGGGCCCAAAGACUGAGCUGGGGCUCCCCAACACAGCUCACCACACACCGCUACCGCAGCAGACCCAGGCUUCCAGCUUGUGAUCUGAGUCUGGAGGUGUUACUCCCACCAAAGCUGCUCUACUGUGGGGUGGGGGAGGCGACUCCAGGCCUUCUAGGCAGCGUUCCUUUGUCCAGUGUCUGUGUUCUUUUGCCCAUCUUAAUCUUUUAUUUUUAUUGACCAUUCUGAGGUAUGGCUUUUUCUUUGCAACUCUGCCAAGAAGGCCAGCCUCCGAGUCACCUCUUCACUGUUGACGUUGAGACUGGUGUUUUGAUGGUACUACGCUGUAUUUCUAAUCAAUUUGAUGUUAUUUAAAUAGACUAAAAAUGUGCUUUUCUUUCAAAAACAAGGGCAUUUCUAAGUGACCUCAAACUUUUGAACAGUAGUGUAAAUCUAUAGAUUUGCAGGCUAAGACUGCACUUGACUUGUAUAUAUAAUUUACUUUGGGGGGGGGGGGUUAUUUUGUAUCAUGUUUAAAGUAACCGUUAUUUCCUGCCUUAUUACAUUUUAACAGUUUUACUGAAAUGGAGAAGUCGAAGCACUGAUAUCUUUGGAAGAUGUGACAAAAAAGACUGAGAUUGAACCCAAAGUUUAAUAUGUCACUUUCUCUCUCAGACCAUAGUAUUGCUCAAAUGGUUAAGUUAUGGUUAAGUCGCUGGUACUAACUGGUACAACCACAUACUAACAAGCACUGUAAUGGUAUGGUUAUGCAGUUUAUCCUUUUAUAGCUCUGUCUUUGCACAGUAAAGUCCUAACUGAAAAGCAACCUAUAAUGCACCUGAGCGAUAUCUGAAAGCUGAAUGAAAGCCCCGAAUGUGACGUUUUGUGUUUGAAGCACAAGUGUGAAUCCCUAUUAGAGUUGGCAAUAAUGUAAUUUGUCUUGUGUGUUUUGUUUUGGGACAAGGCUUGUGUUUUACUGAGUAAUGGGAAGUUUUGUCUUUGGUGUUUUACUUGUGUAUAAAUGUGAGAUUCAUUGUAUUUUAUUUUUAAAGAUGCGAUUGGCAAAAUAUUGCAAAUUCUAGAGGAUUUUUGUGUGCUAUUAUUUGAGCCGAAUGUUAACUAAUCUAUCUGUGUCUCUUGUUCCUCAUAAUGUAGACUUUGGUAUAUCUGUUACUGUUAACUCCUGUCAUUUUAGAAGAUUUGUAAUGGGGAGUUGCUAUACAGCAUCAGUCAACAUUUUGGACACACCUACUCAUUCGACAUUGUAGAAUAAUAGUGAAGACAUCAAAACUAACACAUGUAAUCAAAAAAGUGUUAAACAAAUCAAAAUAUAUUUGAGAUUCUUCAAAGUAGCCACCCUUUGCCUUGAUGACAGCUUUGCACACUCUUGGCAUUCUCUCAACCAGCUUCACCUGGAAUGCUUUUCCAACAGUCUUGAAGGAGUUUCCACAUGCUGAGCUCUUGUUGGCUGCUUUUCCUUCACUCUGCAGUCCAACUCAUCCCAAACCAUAUCAAUUGGGUUGAGGUCAGGUUAUUGUCAAAUAGCCCUUACACAGCCUGGAGGUGUGUUUUGGGUCAUUGUCCAGUUGAAACAUCCAUAUGGGAUGGUGUAUUGCUGCAGAAUGCUGUGGGAGCCUUGCUGGUUAAGUGUGCCUUGAAUUCUAAAUAAAUCAUUGACAGUUUCACCAGCAAAACACCAUCACACCACCUCCAUGCUUCAUGGUGGGUGCCACACAUGCAGAGAUCAUCCGUUCACCUACUCUGCGUCUCACAAAGACAGCGGUUGGAACCAAAAAUCUCAAAUUUGACUCAUCAGACUAGAGGACAGAUUUCCACUGGUCUAAUGUCCAUUGCUUGUGUUUCAUUGCCCAAGCAAGUCUCUUCUUAUUGGUAUCCUUUAGUAGUGGUUUCUUUGCAGCAAUUUGACCAUGAAGGCCUGAUUCACACAGUCUCCUCUGAACAGUUGAUGUUGAUGUGUCUGUUACUUGAACUCUGUGAAGCAUUUAUUUGGGCUGCAAAUUCUGAGGCUGGUAAACUCUAAUGAACUGCGGUCCUCAUGAGAGGCAGUUUCAUCAUAGAGCUUGAUGGUUUUUGCGACUGCAUUUGAAGAAACUUAAAAAGUUGUUGACAUUUUCCAGAUUGACUGACCUUCAUGUCGUAAAGUAAUAAUGGACUGUCGUUUCACUUUGCUUAUUUGAGCUGUUCUUGCCAUAAUAUGAACUUGGUCUUUUACCAAAUAGGGCUAUCUUCUGUAUACCGCCCCUACUUGUCACAACACAGCUGAUUCACUUAAAUGCAUUAAGAUGGAAAGAAAUUCCACAAAUGAACUUUUAAGCAGACACACCGGUUAAUUGAAAUGCAUUCCAGGUGACUCCCUCAUGAUGCUGGUUGAGAGAAUGCAAAGCUGUCAGGUUGGCUCCAGUUAAGACUCUACAAUAAGAUGCAUUUUGAUUUGUUUAACACCUUUUUUUGGUUAUUACAUGAUUCCAUAUAUGUUAUUUCAUAGUUUUGAUGUCUUCACUAUUAUUCUACAAUGUAGAAAAUAGUAAAAAUAAAUAAAUAAAUAAGAGACUCUGGAAAGAGUAGGUGUGUCAACUUUUGACUGGUACUGUAUGUUUUUACUGGUAUGUGAGAUACUUAGUCGUAUUAGCAGAGAUUGGCAGAUCUCUCUGCGAUAUGUAUGAUGGGGUAUUUUGCAUGCUGUUCCUGUAUGAGGGUAUUAAUAUAGUAGGCUAUACACAUCAGUGGACCUACAGUAUGGUAGCUUUGACACAGUAUUCAUGUGUUAUUAAUGACUCUGUUCUCUCUUCUUUCACUGUGGAGGGGAGGGAAGAACACACACACACACACACACACUGAAUUGUCUCUAGUGUGUUGCUGCAGUAAAUAACUAUCAUUGUCAUAACCUUCUGAAACAAAGGAUUCAGGAAAAUCUACGAUGACACCACAGUAGUGUUCUUUAAAAGAGCUAUGACAUCAUUCAUAAUGGCGUUCUCUAAAACAGCGACAGUGACGUCUUAAUGACAGUCUCUAACAUAUCCACAAACAUAUCCACAUGUACUGAAUUGUUGAAUGUAACAAGAUGUUACCUCCACAAAAUGGUCUGACUUUUACCAGGAGGAGAAGAAACAUGUACCCAGAGACCUGUAACAAUCAGCUUCUCUUCUAAAUAUUUUGGUUGGUUCGAAGGAAGUUGGCUGCUUGGAUAGCACAACCCUUGAAAUACUGGUGUCCUGCAGUCUGCUGAAUUGGUGAAUUGUGGUUGUGUGGUAAUUGUUAGAGUUGCGUAAAUUUGAAUCUGGUAUCAGGAUAAAUAUAACAAUGAGUCACCGAUUUGUAUACUGUGUAUUUUUUAUUAGCUAAGCAAUAAAUGGCAAAUGCAACUUUCGAAUAUACAGGCUCACUGUAAUACCACGCAGGGAAGAACAGGGAACUGACAGGAUGUAUGUAAACAGUUGUUCUUAUACUGUGAUAGGCCAACAGACGGGUUGGAACUAUGUCUAUCACAGUAGAGGCUGAGCGUGGUUUAGACUUGCUCAGCCUAUCACUGGCACUCAGGCGGGUCCCCACCUCUUGGAGUCCUCCAUCCAUCGAUGUAUAGAUUCUUACUGUUCUGGUAUCGCAGCCUAGUUAUAACAGUUGCUCAAUUCCUGCUAUUGUGGUGUUCAGUAUUUUUCCAUCUCAGUUAAACCUCGAGAUGACCACCCCUCCCUACACCUAAUUGACCACAACUUUGUAAGAUACAGCAAGUCACACCAUGUGCUCAAUAUUGUUACGGACAAAGCAUCUGCUGGACUGUUAUCUACAGUUUUGCAACAUGCAGGUCACACCAUGUUACUCAGUUCUUGUCACACACACAAACAGGCAAGUAGAUGUAGCAAGCAGAUGUUUAAUCUCAUGAUGAUGCUCAAGUGCACAAAUGCAGAUACUUCACACAGCCAACAUCAGAUAAUAUUUAAUCAUAUAUAUAUAUAUAUAUAUAUAUAUAUAUAUAUAUAUGGUAACCCAGAAUCCCACAAAUAAUAAAAUAUGUUGCUGAGUGACAUUCAGUAUGCCAAUCAGUUUUUGCCAUUGCUAAUUGUUCAUUUUAAUAUUUUUUAUAUACUGUAUCACAUUGUGUUUGUCACCAUAAUGUUUUAUUGGGCUUUGUUGUGAUCAUUUUAAUGUUCUCAUACUCCUCCAGUCCUGGACACGAGGCUAAAGUAAAAAACUGGCAUAUGAAAAUUCUUUGGACUGGGAAGAUAUGAACAAAGUAUGUGAUUUUGUGUGAUGAUAAUCUGUUAGAUCAUUUGAAAGGGGGAAUGAAAAUGUAAAUAUAUAAAACAUAUAUUUUUUGAUCUGUUAGUUGUGAUGUCCUCAAUUUUUGACUUUGACCAGAAUAUUUUUUUUGUCUUUCUCUUAACUUGUGGGUUUUGCUGUUACAAAGAUGAGCUUGGAAAAGGAAGAUUCAAAAGAUGGAGACACUGAUAUAUUUUUAUAACAAACUAACAACGCUUAGCCCAGUCAGUGUAUCUCAUGCUUUGGUUCAUCAAGGUUGACUUGUAGAACAUUUGAAAAUCAAUAAACGACUGACUAGGAUUAA